UUUCUACCCAUAAUAAUCCCUUCCCGUUAUCUUUCACGCUGCUUUUGCUGCAUGAAAAUCCAAGACGAGCCAAGCACUGUGUGUAGUUUCCUGAAAAUGGAGGGAACUCAAGAACUCAAGACAACGACUAGAGAGGAAGGGACAACAGAAAGAAAUGGGGAUCAGGGGACUAGCAGCAAUGUGCCGAUGUCCAGCAAACCUCUGCAUCGCUUUGUCCGAAAGGAGCCCAGAAGUCUUGGGAUUGUCAUUCUGAUGUUUGGCUGUGCUGAGUUGUUAAUGGGAUUUCAGUUCUCCGGUGAAGAGUUCAAAAUCUCUGCUCAACUCUACAUUCCCUUUUGGCAGGGAGCUCUGUUUCUUACCUGUGGAAUCCUGUCAGUCUACACUGAGUUGCAUCCGUCCAAGAAGAUGGUGACUGUGUGCUUGGCCCUGUAUGUGGUUUCCAUCCUUGGAAUCGUAAUCUCUUUCAUACACAGGAUAAUCCAGCUCAUCCAUUAUCCCUACUUUUUUUUUUUGCGAUUUCAUUUGAACGAUGCAAGUGUGAUGCUGCUGCAAAGUAUCAAAGCCAUUUUACUGACCUCCACUAUUUGCGUGUUAGUGAUUCUCAUUUUUCUAACCACUGUCGCAAGUUUCGCACUGAAAUCCACACGCACUCAGGUCAUCGUCCAGCAAAUUCCACCACCGAGGACUGAAACGCCAUCGGACUGAGGACAUCUUUUUAAAGUAUUAUUAAACAUUACAUGACCUUACUAAAACACACUUGUUGGUCUCUUGUGACACUUGUUCUUAAACUAAAAUCAUUUAUGUCAUCUCUGUGAGGAAAAACUAUCUUAGAAGAACUUUUUCAGGAAGGCAAUAACGACUAAUCUGUCUGGCAACCCUUGUGUUUCCCUGCUGCACGUCUGCAAAUCUCUUCUCAUCGACUGAAUGUGUUGACCUCGGCCAGAUGUCAUACACUAUAUGUUGGACAACAUCUGGGCUACGCAACAUUUGUUUGUGACAAGUGUCAAAAUUCAGUCCAACCAUAAAAGUUUUGAUUUGUUUUAAAACAUACUUGUUAGAAAUUCCUUUUUUAUUGUUAAUAUCUGAACAUUUACUUCCUCAUCAGACCUUUAGUCAUUUGGAAGCCAUGUAGAAAAUCUAUUAUGUGUGUCAUCUUUUCAGAGAUGUCCAAAAUUUUCCAUCUAAUUGUAUCUGCAUUGUUAACAGUGUCUUAUUUGUCUUUGACUAUCACUAAACUUGGCUUUGUAUUCUGCACUAAAUGUUUAAACCUUUGAUUUUAUCCCCAAUCAACAUCUCAGGUGCCCCGGUGUUUUCUGUAGUAGCACAUUAAACUUUAUGUAUUAAGAAA